AUGGCCGCCCCAGAGUUAGUAGAACAGCAGGGCCUGCGCAUAGCAGUAGAAGGUUGCGGCCAUGGAGUACUACACGAAAUCUAUGCAUCUGUUGCAAAAGCCUGUGAGCUGAAAGGUUGGCCAGACGUCGAUCUCUUGAUCAUUGGCGGUGACUUCCAGGCUGUUCGAAACGCGUCCGAUCUCAAGGCAGUAUCGAUGCCUUCCAAGUACUAUGCUAUGCACGACUUUCACGAAUACUACUCAGGCUUGCGCACAGCCCCGUACCUCACUAUAUUUAUCGGUGGCAACCACGAAGCGAGCAACUAUAUGUGGGAGUUGUACUACGGUGGAUGGGCUGCACCCAAGAUAUAUUAUAUGGGCGCGGCCAAUGUGAUACAAUUAGGACCAUUGCGUAUUGCUGGUUUGUCAGGUAUCUGGAAAGGCUACAACUACAAGAAGCCGCACUUCGAGCGCUUGCCUUACAACAGUGAUGACGUUAGGAGCGUUUACCACGUCCGAGAAAUUGACGUUCGCAAACUGCUUCAAAUACGAACGCAGGUGGACAUCGGCCUCAGCCAUGACUGGCCGCGCGGUAUGGAGUGGAAAGGCAACUACCGGCAACUUUUCAGCUGGAAGCCAGACUUCGAACAAGAGGCCAAGGACGGCACUCUUGGUAGCGUUGCUGCAAAGGAAGUCCUUGAACAUUUGCGACCACCCCACUGGUUUAGCGCCCAUAUGCAUGCUAAAUUCCCAGCUAUAUGGAACCACGCAGAAGCUCCGAAUACCGUGUCCUCGAACACCGAUGCUCACAACCCUGUUCCGACGAUCGUAAAUGAUAGCGAGAUCAAUUCGGACAACGUAGAUGAGGAGCCCGUACCAGUGCCCAAGAACGAUGCGGAAAUUGAUCUUGAUAUGGAUUUGGAUGAUGAUGACGCGCCGCCUGCACCAGUCACAGAGCCUAAGGAGCCUCCGAAACCUACUAAGACGGAAAGCGAACCCCAAGUCCCCGAAGACGUUCGAAGUCUUCUACCAGAGUCUUUCUCGCGCCCAAAGAUUGAGGCAAAACAGACCCUUCCCUUUCCUGGGGAUAUAACGAACAAGACGACCAACUUCCUCGCACUUGACAAGUGCUUGCCCAAACGAAGCUUUCUCCAGUUAUUGGCAGUAGAACCACAUACGCCUGCUGAAUUACAACGGCCUCUACAGUUACAAUACGACAAAGAAUGGCUUGCCAUUACUCGCGUCUUUGCCGAUCAUAUUCAGGUGGGGGAUCCGUAUGCGCAAGUCCCUGCAGACAAAGGCGAUGCUUUUUAUCGACCUCUUGUGGAGAAGGAGAUGAAUUGGGUCGAAGAGAACAUCAUCGCAACAGGCAAGAUGACUAUACCAGAAGAUUUCACACGGACUGCACCAGUAUACGAGCCCGCAUUAGGCAUCCAUGUCCAAGAGUCCCCGCAAGAGUACACCUUCACCUCUCCACCAACAUCCCCCUCCCAACCUUCUCUCCAUCUGAUCGCUCCACCUACCCUUGCCAAGCUACGCAACAUAGGCUCCGGUCGUGUAAAAGACAUGCAUUCCCUCGGCCACUCCAAACAAAUCAUCAGCCACGUUCCCCUCGUCGCUACGCCACAAACUUGCAGCAAGAUCAACGACGCGAUGCAUGCAGCAGUAACCAUGAAUGGGGAGAGAUUCGCCGCGUUGAGUAUGUUGCCUAUAGAGGGCAAGGAGGCGGCAAGAGAGUUGGCAAGGCAGACUAUAUUGGAAGGGGCGGAAUGGGAAGAGCUUUGGGAUACCGCGGACAGGUACCGGGUGCCAGUUCUGUUGAGGGACAUGUGGCCGGUGGGCUCCGAGAUACCGGAUUACCAACACGCUCUUCCUUCUACCGUGUACACGCCCCUCUUAACACAUGUCCAUACGUCGCAUGCUACUUCUCCUCUCCCCUUGCUACACCUCUAUCUCAGCUCCGUCUUCGACCGAUACCCUACUCUACGUCUCAUGCUCGCGCAUCCUGGCGUCCUAACCUCCCUCAUCCCACGUAUCGAGAUGCUCCUCACCGCUAUUCCUGUUGCGAAUAAACCGAAGCGAAGUUUCCUGGAUGUCUGGCAGCACAAUAUCUACCUCACGACGGCAGAUACACAAGACAUGUCGAGCCUAAGAGCGCUGCUAGAGCAGAUACCUGUGGACAGGGUGUUGUAUGCAAGCAAUUACCCGUUUGAAGAGAGGGGGAAACAGUUGAUAGAGGAACUCAGAGAUAGUGGGUUCUUGACGCAUGUGGAGUGGGAAAGAGUUGCUUGGGGAAAUGCAGAGACUUUGUUCAAUCUGAAAGGAGCAAACACGAAGGGAGGGAGGAGAUAG